AUGAAAGAAAAUAAAGGAAAUGGAUUUAUAUAUCAUAGCCUGAUAAAAUUUGCAUUCGUCACCAUAGCUGUAGGAGCACCUCUAGAAAAUGCGAUUAUCAAUCCCAUAAUCAAGCGAGCCACGAUAGAAACUACAUUACCCAACUGUCCCCAACACCACCCUGAUUACAAAGCUUCACUUUGCUUCAGUAUGAACGAAUUGAUGGUAUAUUGUCAACGUGAUGACGACCCAGAUCAAACAAUCAUAAUUUAUCAGGCUUGUGAAUCAGAUGAAAUUUGUAUUGAACAUUAUCACGCCGUCGAAUCUGAUCUAGAUGUUCCACAUGCAACUUGUAUUAAUUAUCCUAUUAGAAAAUGGGAUAAUUUUGCUGAUCCCAUUACCACAGCCUGUUCAGUGCAAGGGGCCUACAGUUCUCAGUCAAAUGAUAUAGAGAUUGCAAUAAUGGUAUAUGCAUCAGAUGGAAAACCGAUACAAGUAUAUGUACUGUAUGCAAAAGAAAAUGACAGUGUAAUUGAUUAUGUCAAUGAUCAGCACAAUUACACCAGUGUGCUCCAAAAUUAUCAUGAGGAAAAAAUUCAAUAUUGUUUUAAUACAGGUUCCUCUAAUAAGGUAACAGCUUAUGCUGCUGCUUGGGGCAUAGAAGAAAAAGCUUUUCUGUCAUCUGUUUAA